AGGUGAGGAUAUCUCAUAAAGGUUACGCAUGACUGGCUCUGUUUAGGUAUACCUCUCACCGCCGGUGGCUAAAACCUCCCUCUCUUCCGAACGCGCCGCUUCUCCGUCGCUUUAGGGAGUAGCAGAGUUAGGGUUUUGGAUGCAGAAAGGUUUAGCAACCAGGAUGACGGUGGCGGAUAAAGGGAAGAAAUCGAAGUUUGAGGAGGAGGGCACCGACCACAUUGACGGCGAGCUCGUCGUCUCCAUCGAGAAGCUACAGGAUAUCCAAGACGAGAUCGAGAAGGUGAAUGAGGAGGCAAGUGACAAGGUUUUGGAGGUGGAACAGAAAUAUAAUGAGAUACGCAGGCCUAUCUAUAGCAGGAGGAAUGAAAUUAUUCUAUCUAUUCCAGAUUUCUGGUUAACUGCUUUUCUAAGUCAUCCAGUUAUAGCUGAUCUUAUAACUGAGGAGGACCAAAAGAUAUUGAAGUAUUUGAUUUCCUUGAAUGUGGAAGAUUUUAAAGAUGUGAAAUCAGGCUACUCUAUUACCUUUAAUUUCUCCCCAAAUCCAUACUUUGAAGAUUCAAGUUUGACAAAGACAUACUCAUUCUUCGAUGAAGGAAUUACAAACAUAACGGGCACAACGAUAGAGUGGAAGGAGGGAAUGAAUGUUGCAAAUGGUGGUGUUCAUGAAAAGGAAAGGGGUAAGAGACCCUUUUCUGAAGAAAGUUUCUUUUCCUGGUUCAGUGAGACUCAACAGAAAAAUCUUGCGGAAGGAUUUUCUGAUGAGGUGGCUGAGAUAUUGAAGGAAGAUUUAUGGCCCAAUCCAUUGAGGUAUUUCAACAAUGAGGUUGACGAUGAAGAUUUUGAGGGAGAUGAUGAUGAUGAUGAGAAAGGAUCUGACUUCGACAAUGAGGAUGAAUCAGGAGGCGACGAAGAUGGUGAAGCAGACGGCACUUAAAUGGAAAACCUCAAGCUAUGCUGAUCAUCUCUCGACCUGAGUACGUCUGGUUGCAAAAUGUCCCGAACAUCAGCUCGUGAGCAACCUGUUUGAGCAGCCCCUGACUAGUGUUAGGCUUUAAAUUAUCUGCUAAAUUGUAGUUGCUACACAAGCAUGGCCUGCUGAUUUUCUUGCGUAGAGCUUUGUGGAUCUGGUCAUCCAACGACUACAUGCCUGUUACUCAUUUCAAUCCUAUUGCAAGUUUAUUGCCUAAAAUGUGUAUUUUCUUAAUUCACAGUGGGCACAUGCUUGUGUUGCCUUUUAAUUCAAAUUCAGGUAUCUAACUCUUUCAAUUGUAUUAAUUCGGGUAGAUUAAUCAGUCGGCAUGAUGUUUUGUUUAA